GCAUCAUUCGUCUGCUAAACAUCAAGACAGAUACGGUAACAGAAAUAUAAAGGAAUUUAGUUUCGAUUGCGCCUCUGUCGUUGACAACAAUAGUUGGCUAGGUAUUGUGUAGAUUUGCGUGCUUUCCUGAAUGUGAAACUAAAGAAAAGCAAGUUAUUUGACAAAAAAAAAAAAUGGCGGAAGGAAAAAUAAAAUGUUUCCGGAAUGAGCAAAAUAGUUCGUCGAGAAAUGAUCAAUUAGAGAAAGAUCACACAAGUGGAAAUUCCGACUACUUAGAACGCAACUAUCUACGUGAUCGCUUACAAAGUUUACAAAAUGUUUUGCUUAAAGACUUCAAAAAACGAAUGAAUGAAGAGAUCGAAGGCGUGGUACAGGAGCUGCGACAGCAAGAACUUAGAAUGAAUGAAUUUAAAGGUUUCGCAAAAUCACAGAGCGACAACACAUGGAGUAAUCGCAUAUCAGCCGCAGACGUAUCUAACCAUGUCCAAAUUAGCUCCCAAAAAAUUUACUCAGAGCAAACGGAAAACACACAAAAUAAAUUGCCGACCAAACAUAAAAAACAACCACGUCCACUGCCCGAAAAAGUGUUCGCUGUGCGAGAAUCGUAUCUGACAGCGUUGCUGGAAGUGGACCACAUGCGCACCAUUUAUCACAUAUUCAUCUCAAUAUUGUUGGUUUUGCUUAUAAACGGCGUUUUGUAUGAUUAUUUAGCUGAGGGAAGAAUAUAUUUCGGUUUGGGUACCUUCAAAUCGAGUUUAGAGAAAAUCGAAUAUGUGUUUGGGAUCUGGUUGUUGGAGCAUGCUGUAGUCUUCCUACUUUAUUACGCUUUCAAGCUUUGGGCUAAUGUACGGCUUAAACUAGCGAGACAACCUGCAAUGCAGAGUUUCUGGUCACAUUCCUGCCUAAUAACUUACAUCAGUUCCCAGCUAGUUUUUGGUUAUGUAACGUCUGCGCUUUGCCUAAAACUUCAGUUAACUUUUAUAACUUCUUCCAUUUUGCUACUGGAGUCGACUAGACUACUCAUGAAGAUGCACUCCUUUGUACGUACAAACGCUGCGCGCGUUCUCGUUGGUAAACUGAAAUUAGACACCGAUUCUGGGGAAAUACAAGGAACCAAGUCAUCAAUUGCAUUACGUUUGCCAGCAUUCAGCUCCUAUUUAUACUUCCUAUUUGCACCUACGCUCAUCUACCGCGACAGCUAUCCGCGUACGUCACAUAUUCGAUGGAGAUUCGCUCUAGCGCGAUUUUUGGAAAUCGCGGCCAUUGCAUUCCUGUACAGUUAUUUGUUUGAACGCCACAUUAAGGUUCAAUUCGAGGACUUUGGACGUGAGGAACUACCCAUGCGUUCCUUAAUUAUCAAGUUGCAUGGAAUGUUCUUUCCCAACAACAUAAUCUUUGUGUGUGGUUUCUAUCUUAUUCUACACUCUUGGCUGAAUUUCACUUCUGAAUUGUUGCGUUUCGGUGAUCGCAUGUUUUAUAAGGACUGGUGGACAUCGGCAAACUACAAUGCUUACUACCGCGAUUGGAAUGUAGUGGUGCAUGACUGGCUCUAUGAGUACAUCUACAAGGAUACCUACUAUUACAUUUUCAAAGGCUCCAAGUUGUCUGCAACGAUCGUGGUUUUCUAUACGUCAGCUUUAGUGCACGAGCAUAUUAUUUCAUUUGCAUUAAGACUUUUCUUUCCAGUCCUAUUUUGUUUCUUUGGAGGGCCAGGUAUAAUUAUGCUUAUUAUUACGCGGAAAGUCUCCAAAAGAAUUGGUAAUUUUUUGGUGUGGGCUACUUUGAUCAUCGGCACUGGUUUGUUGUUUUCGUUAUACAGCAUGGAAUAUUAUGCUCGCCUUAAUUGUCCAAGAACAUAUGACAAGUGGACGGACUAUCUAGUGCCGACUGCGUGGACUUGCUACAACAAAUAAUAUGUACAUAGAUGCAUACAUAUCUAUGUUGAGUGGUAAAUGAAGUUUUAUAUAUACAUAUGUAUGUUCUUACCAUAUGUAUGUAUGUUUGUGUACGUACAAUAAUGUAUGUAUGUAUUUAUAUAGAACAUGUACCUGUAAUUAAUAAGUAGUAGUUUUAUAUUAAGGAUUUCUAGAAUUUAUGUAAGUUAUUUGCAGCAAUUUUGUACUUAUGUCUGCAUGAAGGUACGUUUACUGUAAUUGGCGAUUUUGAAUUCCCUUAUGUAUCUUAAAUACAAACACUUUCAUUAGAAAUUCAGUAUGUACAUAUUUGUCAAAUAAAUCAGAGAAACUCCAGUUUUAAUAAUGUGAAGAUUAUUCUUUUUAUAUUCAUUGGGUAGUAUCUUUUUACAUAUCGAAUGUGCAUAUGUGAACCAGGGAUGAAAAAGUAGGUACACCUGUACCUUUUUCCGAUGUUUGCGGACUUAAAGGUACAUUAGGUACAAUCACUAGAUUUUAGGUACAAUCAUCUUUUGAUGAUAUAUAUUUUUAGUUCUUAUUCUUUUCCGUGCUAAUAUAUCGACCCCUUUUGCGCAAAAUUAUCAUAUGUACCAUUUUUUUCGAAAUUUACUUUUUGGUGCAAAUUUGUUAUAUGCUCCACACCGCAUCACUUGGUAAAAUAUUGUGGCUACAAUCCCUAUAGUUACGCCAAAAAUUUAGUGUAUCGUAUGUUACAAUGCAUUAUUUUCUUGAGUGCGAAAUCAUCGUAUGUGCCAUACAAAAGUAUUUUGAACAUAGUAAAAAAAAAAAAAUAUAAUAAACAAGUAAUUUUUUAGCAAAAAACAA